AUUCAGUUCAAUCCACUAUCCCCUGCUUCUGUUGGUGACGAGGGCUACAAAAGUGACCCGAGCCUUCAGGAACAGUCAUACUGCAUGUUGUACAUCAUGGCAGCUGAUAAAGUUUCAAUCAUGAAUCAAGGUGUCAUUGAAAAGAUGCAAAAUAUAAGGGAUAAGGCCACUGAACUGGACAUUCCUCAAGUGAUCAUCAUGACAAAGGUUGAUGAAGCAUGUCCACUGGUCAAAGAAAAUUUAAGGAAGAUCUACAAUAGUCGGAACAUCAAAGACAAGAUGCAGGAAUGCAGUAAUCUUGUGGGUGUGCCUGUGAGCCACAUCUUUCCUGUGAAGAACUACCAUAAAGAAAUUGAUCCAGAAGAUGGCAUUGAUGUACUGCUUCUAAGGGCACUUACUCACAUUGUAAACAUAGCAAAUGACAAAUUGGCUCAAAAAGUUUAAAAGUCAAAUCUGCAUUAUGCCUAGAAGAAAGGUUAUAUAGGGGCAACCUGUUAGUGUUAUCCUUAUUUUUAUCACAUUAUUAUCACAAAAAAUCUGUAGAUUUUAUGCAACUUUAUAAUAUAAUUUAAUAGUUGCAUACAGUUAACCACUUGAGAAUAAAA